GUGACCUGACAAAAGGCCAAUUUGCCUCCUAUCACUCUAGCUCUGCGCGCCGGGUUAUCGUGGGCAGCUCGCACGCUGGUGACUGCCAACUACUUGUAUGAAGGAUGAUCUGGUACCUCCUCUAUCCGUUCAGAGGCACUACCGAAGCUCCCGUGCUAGUCGAGACGCACCCUUUACGAACUGCCUUUGCGCGGUACGGAAGAUACGCCGCCACCCAUGUCGUAGCAACUUUGCUAGUCUCCGUGGCUGUCGCCUCCGUCCUCAUAUAUCCUUUCCCCUUCCUCUAUACCACCGACUUUACCAAUGGCGCCUCCAUUCUCCCCGAAUAUGCCUGGACCGACACCCUCCCCCUAGACGAUAAAAAUAGGGUUGAGCCUGAUGUGGUUAUGCGGUCUGUAUGGGUGCAUGGAAACUAUUUUCAGGCCCUUAAUAGAAAUGUUUUGCUGAGCGCUUUGGAGCUCCAAGACGAACUCCUUGGUCCUACUGUCAAUUUCAAUCCGAAGCGUCACUUAAGCACGGAGUUGGAAGUCGCCAAUGUUACGAUUGAUGGUUUCACAGCCGCUCAACGCGAUGCCUUCCAUGUCGCUAAUGGUCUCACAAAUGAGUCCUGGUUCUUUCAGUCCCCGCUUCAAUACUGGUCGUGUUCUGCGGAAAAGAUAAAUCGAGACAGUGAUAUCAUUGCAACUGCAAAUAAGAAAAAGACGCAACCAACGUCAGUCAAUGUAACUUUAAGGCAUUCCAUCGUUUUUAGUGGGAAGCGUUUUCAAGAUCGUCAACUUGUCGCUGCUGACGCCCUCGUCAUCACUCUCGUCCAUCACCGAGACUCACCAAUUGGCCAUAUGUGGCAAGAACGAAUUCAGGCUCUUAAAGACAACGCAGCUGAUACAUGGGAUAUCAUCGAUUAUUCCCCUAAUGGAAAGACUAGCGAGUUAUAUGAGUUUCAAUUCCGCCCCAUCUCAUCUCAAGAUGUCAUUCUUUUAGGGAUAGCUUAUUCUCUUGUUUUCGUCUACUUCUUCACAAGCCUGUCCAAAUUACGGGCGGUAAAGUCAAAGAUUGGAUUGAUGGUUACCGUCAUAGCUCAGAUCAUUCUCGCCAUACUAUCCAGUUUUACUGUAUGCGCUAUACUUAAGGUCGACCUCUCGAGGAUACCACGCCUUGGUUAUCCUGUUGUCAUCUUUUCCAUGAGUCUUGAAAACAUAUUUCGACUUAUCAACUCAGUUAUCCUCACACCGUCCGAAAAUAGUACGAGUAAUAGGAUCGGUCAUGCCUUUGGUGAGGCUGGCCCUGUUGCGCUUGCCAGCGUGGCCCAGAAUCUGAUUAUUCUGUAUGGCCUUUCUAGAAUAGUAUCGCCUGGCGUCUCGGCAUUUUGUACUUUCGCGGCGAUCGCGUUGAUCUUCGAUUUCUUUUACUUGUCGACCUAUUUUCUAUCAGUGCUUAGUGUUGAUGUUCGGCGAACCGAGCUCAGCGAUGCUCUUGCGAAAGCUUCAAUUCGGACUCAACGGUUGACUUCUGACACACAGCCGCGCCAAACAUGGAUGGAAGCAAUGCUACAGGGUCGAAUCGCCAUGUCGACGCGCAUCGCUGGAACUAUAGUUAUGGUGGGCUUCGUUCUGAUAGCACAAUGGCAUUUCUUCGAGAAUGAAAGCGUGGUCAGGGCAUUGGGCCGGGUUCUUAGCAUCUCCCCCAAAUACAAAAAUUCAUCGCCGUCCUCGCCACUAACAGAAGUCCAUCAAGGUAGAAGCCCGGCAUCGUGGCUAGGUCUUCAAGAUCAUGAGACGGCCCGGGAACUUAUUCACGUGAUCAACCCUGAUGCCUACAGUUAUAUCGCAAAGGUUUUCCACCCUACAAUAUUCGUAUUAAAGGGAUCAGAUCGAAAGCUCUCUGCUCAUGAACCAUGGUUUUUACCGGCUGUUUAUGAUUUCAUACGCCACCAGUCUGCACCUUUUGUAGUAACGGUACUUGUCAUUGCGGCGGCAGUUCGUCUCCUAAUGAACUAUCUCCUAUGGGAUGAGUUAGCAGACUCUUCUGGACGUGGUGGCGCAGAUGACGAACGUCUCCUGUCCGUUAGGACUCUAAGCAGGGGUCAUACCCUGGAUGUAGCCUUACUUUCAGCUUGCUCGGAUGGCCAUCUUGUGUCAGUUGGGCUGGACCGAGUCAUCCGCGUCUGGGACAUCAAGGCAGGAGGGAGUAGUUACGUGUUAGGUGAUGGCGAUGACUCUUCCGACAUCCCUUUCCCAGUCCUAGCAGUGUGUAUCGACGAAGAAAGUCACUGGCUAGCUCUCUUAACUUCGAGACAAGUUUUGUUGUGGGAUCUCGUUGAGCAUCAAUGGGGCCCUACGAUUAUGUCGGAACCAUGUCGACACAAACCUGAAUCCUUCUUUUUCACUGGAGAUGAAACCACAACAAUUCCUCCACUGUUACUCGUCCGACGGGAUGGUGUAAUUACCGAGCUCAGAGCAGACCGGACGGAACCUAGUAGCUAUAGAUUUACCGAAGAGAGCACAAUUGUCUCUGUGGGCUCUCUUGCAGAAAAAGGGUUCCCUGCCCAAGUCAUAGCCUCUACUCGCGAAGGUCAAGUACGCGUCGCUACCCAAGAUGGUGCUAGCUGGAGCACCGAAGUUGUGAACGUGAGUAGCUUGAAGGAGCGUGAAUUUGUGUCGAUUCAAGUAUUGCCGGAGCUAGCGUUCUUCCUCAUCAUUCGGUCACAGACCGUGGAUUUAGUGGAUUCACAAUCACUCAAAGUGAUACAUACUUUCAGAGUUGACCCCAUCCAGCCGAAAAGCAUGAAAUGCUUCCAUUCUAGACCAAGGCGGAUGCGAUGCGGAUCCAUUGCUUUAUGGAGCUUUACACUUGCAUACCUCAACACUUAUACUCGGGAUCUAGUCGUCCAAACUUAUAGUCCCCAGCACGAAGGAGAGUCUCUAUGCUUCUGUGACCCGACUUCCCCCACGAGGAAAACAUGUUGUCCAUGGCAAAGGGCCAAAGAGUCGAGACGGGUCAUUAAGAAUCCCGGGCUCUGGGAUGCUUUGCCAUCUGGAAUCAUGGUCGGCGUGAGAAGGAAAAAUCCGGACAAGUAUCGUGUAGACGUUGAUCAUCACCCCCAACCACUGAAUAGUCUCCGGCGUCGCCAUCACAACACUCAACCUGCGAACGGCCUCAGCAUCCAAGACAAUUGGGAGGUGUGGAUGUUCUCCCAUUUCGGCAAACAGGAGACGUGGGAAACGCUUCCGUUGUGCCCUAAGAUUGAAGACGACGGGCAUCUUUUCGUUAAUAAUCUCGGGCCAGUGGUGAGGAUUGGCCGCGCCAGUCUAGCUGUGGGUCUUAGUAAUGUAAUCAAGAUAAUCAUGGUUGGCAACGAGCGGUUCGAAACGGGCGACGAUUCCCAGCCAGGAGACGGUAUGCCAGCCCGAUCUAGUAGGAGACGUAAGGGGCCUUCUACUACCCGCGGCAAGCCUAGUGCCCAUUGCUCCCACUGCUGAGUACUUGAAAUAGACGUCACGGAUUUGCAUUUUUUUACUUUCCCCAAGCAACAUCACAUCACUUCUUUCAAUGGGUACUAGGGCAACGGAUUAUUAGAUUCAAAUGAGAUACGGUCAUAUCAUAUGAUGGAUUGGGUUCAACAUAUAUCAUCGGCUGGUUCAGGUCUGGUCGGGGUCUAAACGAGAAUUACCUAUACCUAGGUACACACACACACACACACACACACACAGGCACU